GAGAAAAAAAAAAUCUCGCUCGGCUCAAACGGCCACGAAAUGGCGCCGGCCGCCGCCGCCGCCGCCGCCUUCCCCUUCCGCCUCUUCUCCGCCGAGGCUCGCCGCAACACCAAGGGCUCCCGGGGCAAGCGGGGCUCCGCCAGGCCAAUCAAGCCGCCCCCUCCUCCUCCUCCUCCUCCACGACGUCCGUCUGCGUCGUCGGGUGCUGUGGGUGGCGUCGGCGCCACCACCUUCACUAGGCUGCCGCUCCGCGACGCCCCCGCGUCGCUGGAGGUGACGUUGGACCGGUUCCCCACCUCCAAUCCCGAGCCCCGAGCUCCCGCCUUCACUCGCCGAAGUGAAGAGCGGUUGGGCGACGAGGAGGAGGAGGAUGAGGAUGAGGAUGAGGUGGAGUUCGGCCUCCGUGGGGCUACCACGUUUGCUCGGCUCCCUCUGCGGGGCUCCCCCGACGGCGGUGAUCUCGCCAUUGGGAAAUUCGAUGCUGGCUUGGCCACUCAGGGGGGCCCGAAGAGUCGCUCCAUUUCACGUCAAAUGGUCGAACACCUUGACGACGUAGAGGACGAGGACGAGUUGGAGGAAGAGGAAGAGGAAGAUGAGGAGGAGCAAGUUGUCAGCCGCUUGGACAUCUUCGAGGGAGCAAAAGGCAGGGAAGCUCGGGUUUUCUUACCCGACGAGGACGAUGACGAUGACGUCGUGGUGUUCGACCCGGACUACGACGGCGACAGCGACGACGAGGGAUUCGGCGCUGUUACUCUUGCGCAGAGUCCACCGGGCGACGCCAUCGCCGUCGCGGAGCUGGAAGAGCUACACUACAACGUUGACGAGGAGGAGGGCGACGACGACGGUGAGGUUAUAGUGUUCCACCCAGGCUACGACGAGGAGGAGGAAGAUGACGACGUGUUCGAGGACAACGGCGACGACUACGAGGACAAAGAGGGGGAAGAGGAAGGUGAGACGAAGGAGAAGGGUGUCCCCGCCGUGAUGCGGUGCUUCGACACGGCGAAGAUAUUCGCAAAGGCAGGCGACGGCGGGAACGGCGUGGUGGCAUUCCGGCGAGAGAAGUACGUGCCGUUCGGGGGGCCCUCCGGCGGCGACGGCGGCCGCGGCGGGAACGUGUACGUGGAGGUGGACGGGGAGAUGAACUCGCUGCUGCCGUUCCGCAACUCGGUGCACUUCCGCGCCGGCCGCGGCGCGCACGGCCAGGGCAGGCAGCAGGCCGGGGCGAAGGGCGAGGACGUCGUGGUGAAGGUGCCGCCCGGAACGGUGGUGCGGUCUUCCGCCGGCGACGUGGAGCUGCUUGAGCUGAUGAAGCCUGGCCAGCGCGCGCUGCUUCUCCCCGGCGGCCGCGGCGGCCGUGGCAAUGCCGCAUUCAAGUCCGGCACAAACAAGGCGCCCAGGAUCGCCGAGAAAGGGGAGAAAGGUCCAGAAAUGUGGCUAGAUUUGGAGCUGAAGCUGGUUGCUGAUGUGGGGAUUGUUGGCGCCCCAAACGCUGGAAAGAGCACACUUUUGAGUGCUAUUAGUGCAGCCAAGCCAACUAUAGCCAAUUACCCUUUUACGACAUUAUUACCGAAUCUUGGAGUGGUCUCAUUGGAUUUUGAUGUUACAAUGGUAGUUGCUGAUCUUCCUGGACUACUGGAAGGUGCUCAUCGCGGAUAUGGCUUGGGCCAUGAGUUUUUAAGGCAUAGUGAGAGAUGUUCAGUGUUGAUUCAUGUUGUUGACGGCUCAGGAGAACAACCUGAAUAUGAGUUUGAGGCUGUCCGUUUGGAACUGGAGCUAUUUAGCCCAUCAUUGGUUGACAAACCUUAUAUAGUGGUGUAUAAUAAGAUGGACCUUCCAGAGGCAUCUGAGAGAUGGAAUAAGUUUCAGGAAAAGCUACAGGCUGAAGGAAUUGAGCCUUAUUGCAUUAGUGCAAUGAAUAGGCAAGGAACACAGGAUGUUGUUCAUGCUGCCUACAAGAUUCUGCAGAAAGAGAGGCAAAGGAUGAAAGAUGAUGAAGAAUGGAUCGGCCCUGAAAAUCUGAAUCACGUGGCUGAUGCAAUAAAAAGGGUAAGGAGGGCUCCCAUGAACGAAUUUGAGAUUUUUCAUGAUAAGGGCACGAGGACAUGGAACGUUACUGGAGCUGGAAUAGAACGUUUUGUUCAGAUGACUAAUUGGCAGUAUUCAGAAUCCUUGAAACGAUUUCAGCAUGCUUUAGAGGCAUGUGGUGUCAACAAAGCUCUUAUCAAACGUGGAGUUAAAGAAGGAGACACGGUAGUUGUUGGUGAGAUGGAAAUGAUUUGGACAGAUGGGCCUAAUAAGACCAGCUCAUCAAAAACAAUGAACUCGAAAGAUGACUCUGUCAGAUGGCCUGAAUUCGGCUAGAUCAAGAAAUUGUUCUGCAUAGCAGCAGAGUGACUUCAGUGAAAUGUUUGCACAAUAAUUGUAUCGCUGCACUAUUAUGCCAAGAACAAACUAGUCAUUACAAUGGCUAGUUGCAGCAAGACCAGACAAACACAUUCAGCACAAAGAAAAGAGACAUUUUGUGGCACGGCGCAUCACACAAGCUUGGAAAGGUAGAUUAUCUAGAAGUGCUAUGCCAUUCUCCAGAAAGGUAGAUAUCUGUAGAUGAGAUUCAGGAAUUCUAAGGUGAUGUAUAAAACAAUUUCUUCGGCAAGAUAGAAAGCUUGUCAUUGUUUCGCCCAUACUUAUUACAAAGAGAACGGCUUAUGAGUGAUGAAAAAUAAUUUAUAGA